AUGGAUAAGAGAUUCAAACAUACCCUUGUGGCAUUUAAAAUAUGUCCUUAUUGUAUGAAGGUACUUACAAUAAUGUGCCAUAAAAAUGUUAAAUUUGAAAUAAAGUUUAUUGAAAUGCAUAAUAAACCUGAUUGGUUUACUAAAAUUAGUCCUCUCGAAAAAGUACCUAUUUUAAUCAUAGGUGAAGAAGUUGUUUUAUUUGAGUCAGCUGCUAUAAUGGAAUAUAUCGACGAGAUUACACCACCAAAACUAAUGUCAGAUGAUCCAAUACAAAAGGCUUUAGACAGAGCUAAGUUUGAGUAUUCAAAUGAGAUCAUUAAAAGCCUUUACUAAUUCAUCUUUUGUACAGAAUAGGAAAAAUUUGUCAAACUCAAAGAAUGGAUUAUAAAUAGACUCAAGCAAAUGGAGGAAUGGCUUAAAGAUAAGAAAUACCUAAAUGGAAGCGAAAUUUCUUUAGUUGAUUUUAAUUUUGUACCAGUGUUCGUAGUAUUAAACAUGCUGAAGCCCAUUUUGCCUUGUGAUAUGUUGAAGGAUUACAAGAGAGUAUAAAAUUAUGGGGAUUCCUUAACAUCCUUGCAAUGUACAAAAACAGGUCGAGUUCCAGACUAUGAAUUUUUGAUGAUCGACGGAAUAAAAAAUUAAAACACAGUAUUAUUUAGAUCUAACCCAUGUUAUUUUAAUGGUCCUAAGCCCUCACGUUGUUGUUUCUUUAGCAAAUGAUAAAUUUAUUUUAUUUUUUUCUUUUUAAUUUUGUCAAGUUUAGAGAU